UUCAUAAUUUUUGCUCUGUCGUCUCUUAGGAGCUGUGGAGAACGAGCGAAACAAAACAACCUGAAAAAAAAUCUCGACUGUGCUCUGCGAGUCCAUGUUAAAGGAUUGUAGGUCGACUUAUAAUAGAAGAUCAGCUACAAAAUGGACGGAUUUUACGAUCAGCAAGUUCCUUUUAUGGUGCACAAUAUACCGAAAACUCGCGGGGAAGAACUUCGUGGGCGACAAAUAAAUGAGAGAAAGAGGAAAUUAGUGGAGACUGACCUUGCCCAUGAUUCGGAAGAACUUUUCCAAGAUUUAAGCCAGUUGCAAGAAACAUGGCUAGCAGAAGCCCAGGUUCCCGAAGAUGAUGAGCAGUUUGUACCAGACUUCCAGUCGGUUAAUUUGGUAUUUCAUGGACCUUCCCCGGCUAAGAUCAAGCGCGAAACUCAAAGCCCUAAUACAGAAGUGUCCUGCCGUCACAAGCAGAGUCUCAGUUCCGGCUAUGGAGAAAACUGCCUCUACAGUUACAGUGCCUACGAUAGGAAGCCCCUCGCUGGGUUCAAGCCAUUAACUCCACCAGCCACCCCCGUGUCUCCAGUCCAUCAGAACUCCCCUCUGCCUCACCUCGCUCCUGCUGCAGUGGUGCCGCCAACCCAUGUCCCCACUUCGUCCCCGGUGCAGGCUGCACCUCCUGCGGCUGUUCCACCACCGCCACAGCAGCAGCAACAACAGCAGACCUUUGCAGUACCUCAGCCUCCCCACCCCCCGCUCCAGAUGUCCCAGACCUUGCCCGAGUCCCAGUACGCUCCGGAGCACAGGUUCCAGCGGCAGAUGUCCGAGCCGUGCCACCCAUAUCCACAUCAGUCAGGAGUCCCCAACAACAGUCGACAAGUUUAUCAGCGACAACUGUCAGAGCCCAUGCCUUCCCUUCAGACCUUCAAGCAGGAGUACCACGACUCACAUUAUGAUCAUGUCAGUGGUCCCAGCAGGCAGAAUUUCCAACCCCCUCUUGGGAUUAAGCAGGAACCAAGAGACUACUGCUAUGACUCAGAAGUGCCUAACUGCCAAUCCUCAUAUCUGACGGGAGGAAGCUAUUACACUGCUCCCACCAACCAGGAGGGUUUUCCUUAUGAAAAGGAUCCCCGGAUGUACUAUGACGAUACGUGUGUGGUACCAGAUAGGAUUGACAAUAAAGUCAAACAAGAAUCCCCAGUGUACAGAGAAAACCUGCCCUACCAACGACGUGGUUCCUUACAGCUGUGGCAGUUCCUAGUAACGCUGCUGGAUGAUCCAUCAAAUUCCCACUUCAUCGCAUGGACGGGCAGAGGCAUGGAAUUCAAGUUAAUUGAACCCGAGGAGGUCGCCCGCCGCUGGGGCAUCCAGAAAAACCGCCCUGCGAUGAACUAUGACAAAUUGAGCCGCUCGCUGCGCUAUUAUUACGAAAAGGGGAUCAUGCAAAAGGUUGCAGGGGAGCGAUACGUGUACAAGUUUGUGUGUGAUCCCGAGGCACUUUUCUCUAUGGCCUUCCCAGACAAUCAGCGUCCCUUUCUGAAGACUGAAAUCGACUGUCACAUUAAGGAGGAUACCGUUCCUCUAACACAUUUUGAUGAUAACGCAGCCUUCUUGCUGGAAGUGGAUCACUGCAACAACCUUCCGUAUUCAGAGGGCUUUGCAUAUUGACUGAAUCACAGCAGCUCCUGUGACUGAAUGCAUCACUGUCCAGCUGAUAAAGUGCUCCCUAUGCGGUACCGUUGCACUCGGCUGUAUUAAGAAUCCAGCUCUUCAGAACAUGCAAAAGCCUAAAAGUUGUACGGUAGCAUCACACUACUGGAGAAGCUGCCACGUGCUUCACUGAUGAUGCACUAACAAGUGUGACUUAAUUUGCCUAAGUCCUCCACUUUGAUAGCCGUGGGUAUGGGGAGGGGGGGUGGGGGGGAUACCUAGCAACCAGGCUGUGUGUUGCUAUCAGAAAUGCAUUCAGGUGUGGCAUUUGUGAUUGUUCAGUGUGGCAUUCACAGAGCUUGGAUAGACCGUGUGGCUAGCGUUUGUAAUGACAAUCUGCUUUGUGUAGAACACAGUUCUUUCAGCUGCCUUUUUGAUGUUAAAGGGCUUCAACUUGCACAAUCCCACAGUUGUAUCAUGGGUCAGACACGAUAAGGAAACUGUGUGCACUAUAGCAUGUGGAUCUGUUCCCUGGACUGGAUACAUACUGGUGCUGUAUUAAAAUAGCUAAAGACAAAAGUCCUGUCUACCUGAGACUUAAAUAGAGUACAGCUUGUAGUUUAUUUUGGUUUUUUUUAAUGCUUAGAUGUUCUAAAUCUUUGAAACCUGAAGUCUUUGGCACCUUGUAAACAUUUUUUUGUGUCUUGCUCCUUUUCUAAACUACACAUGUAAAUGUAGCAAUUUCCAAAUGUUUAAAUCCCGUUGUAUUUAUCAAAUGAAAAAGAAGGCCUUUAUUCAAGUUUAAAACUGCAUUUGAUAUUUUUUCUUCUCCUCCCACCAGUGUUCACAUUCCCAAUCUCUUCUGCCCCACCUCCUCUUUCAGCAUCCAAUCUUUGUAAAAAAAAAGAAAAAAAGCUAGUAUCAAAUGUUUGAUGGCUUGAUCUAACUCUAGAGAAUGUAGUUGUAUUGCAUAACGUCUGUACAUACAAUGUUCCCCACAAGCAGUUCUACCUGCGUAAUAUUCUAUCAUUUUCAUUUAGAGUGGGUGAGAAGGUAAGAUAGGGAAAAGGGAAGAAAUCUGCAGGUAUUUUUCAAAAUAUUUUCAAGAAAAAUUUAAUAAAUUUGUAAUUUGUUUUGUCUUUAUACUCAAGACAAAAUCUUUUUGUUAAUGACACUGCACUCUAAAGGUUAGAGUUCCAAUAUUUUGAUGAUGUUACUGCUUUAAUCAGGGGGUUAGGGCUUACUGUGUAAAACAGUUCAUUCUGCUGCAGGUUAUACAUGCCUGCUUCAAGCUUUGCACCGAAUAUCUUUUACAGUUUAAUCUUUGGAAAUGAAAUAAUGGUAUGACUGUUUCUGCUCAUUGUAUCUUGCAAUGGCAUACUGCAAUUGUAUAAUUGCAACAUAUCCACAUUGUUUCAGUUUGUGACAUUUUAUGUAUAAAGUCCCCAGGAUCUAUAUUUUUUUUGGAAACAAAAUUAUUUUUACACCAGUUCUCGAUUGUAUUUUAUUUUGAGAGUUUUAAAUGUUUUGCUUUUACUUUUGAAUUGUGUGCUCAAAGUCCGUCGAUAACCAUCAAGCAAAUUUACCUUUAUUUUCAAAUCCAGUUGCGCAUUUAAGGAAAACUCUCAUGUACACCAAAUAAAUGUUUGAUCUCUCUGUGUACAAUAAAGUGUUUCUUGGCCUCAUA